AUGGAGGAAAUGAAAAACCUCUACAUAAACCUCUUUAAAGAGGUUGAGAUGGCGAAUUCUUCGAAAAACAAAAAUGUUGUUGAUAACUCAUCAGACAAGGAGGCCAAUCUCAACGACACUCCGCCUCGAGUUGAAAUCAGUCAUUCACGACGUCAUCGACGGGGAAUUCCAUGGACUGAAGGAGAACACUCGUUGUUUCUCAUGGGACUGAACAAAUUUGGGAAAGGAGAUUGGAAGAGCAUCUCAAGGCACUAUGUUAUUUCAAAGACACCGACUCAGGUAGCAAGUCAUGCUCAAAAGUACUUCUCUCGUCGUACUAGUAAGACUCCAGUGGAUCGCCGUCGCCCCAGCAUCAAUGACAUUCAAACUGUCACCCUUAAUUCUUGGAGGACAACAACAACUAUGACAACAACUCCUCAUAUCAAUAACAACAUACUUGCUUACAACAACAAUUAUCAAGUUGGUUCAUCAUCAAGGCCUUUUCACCAUUCUAAUUAUACAUUUGGUGGUCCGACUUUUGUUAACAACUCCAAUGGAAAUUUUGGAAGCUAUCGUCGAGGUGAAGCAUCUGGAAGCAACUCGUUUGUUAUGGAACAGAGCAACAACAACAACAACAAUCUUCGUAGGCCAGUGUCACCUCGCCCUUUUCUUUCUAUGUACUUGUCUUCUACUAGGGGGAAUAACCCCCAAGUCUAA